AUGAAUACCGACGUUGUUAUUGUUGGCGGCGGCCCAUCAGGCCUGACUCUAGGGCUUGCUUUGGCAAGACACCAGGUUAAGUCCAUUAUUCUUGAGAAAGAGCAUGAUAUCACCCAUGAUCCCCGAGGAGUCGUACUCACAGGUGAUGCUCUUCGGAGUCUAUGGACACUAGGACUGGGGAAGCAUGUCUCCUCGAUAGGACAGGAGUAUUUCCUCAGGCAAUUGGUGGCCUCCUCAGAACAUUGCACCCUCCAAUCAUCCUGCGAGGUUAUUGGACGCGACGAGCACGCGAACGGAGUGACUGUCCACUACCUCGAUAGCGAAAAAACACCUAGCCAAAUUCACGCCGCCUGGCUGGUCGGUGCAGAUGGGAAAAGAGGCAUCGUCCGCAAACAUUUCCUUGAGCCGUCCGCGGGUGUCCGCCAGGAACCGGGGAUCUUCGAGUACGAAGGAAUUUGGAUAGCAGCCAACCUCAAAAUCACCCUCCCCACGCCGCAAAGCCACCCCGACCUUGCGCUGUGGGCGGCUGGACUUGACCCAGAGUCGGUAUACGACCUCUUCUGGCCGGCAAACUGGCACUUCUGCCGUCCCCCAGGGAAGCCCAUAGCCUGUGGUCGAUUUGGUCCGCAUUCGGAGCGACUGUGGCGUCAUGAAUUUGCGGUUCCAGAAUGGAACGACUCCAUGGAUGCAAGCGCCAUCUUUUGGGAGAAUCUGAUCCCGCUCAUCACCCGGAAGAUCCGGCCGCUUCACGGCGGCUGUCCCGUAGAGGUGACUUUUCCUCGGGAUUGUAUUGAGGUGCUUCGCUGUCGUCCGUUCCGCUUCAGUCACCGCGUGGUUAAUAAAUGGUUCGCCGAACGGACCGUUCUAAUUGGUGAUGCGGCACAUGUCUUCCCGCCGUUCGGCGGGCAAGGAGUGGCAUGUGGUGUUCAGGAUGCGGUCGGGCUAGCCUGGCGAUUGGCGGUCCUCACCAAGGUCGGCUCACUUUCGCACUCGCAGGCUCGACAACACGGUCUUCUUCAGUCCUGGGCGAGUGAACGUCGAUUGGGCACUGACAAUUCUGCUCGGCUGACCCGGCAAAACGGUGAGUUGUGCAAUAAGGAAAGCUCAUGGUCAUUAUCGGUUCAGCUCGCCUGUGUGAACAUUGUCCAGGGGUUCCUCGGGGCCCUGGGGAUGCGUUUGGGGCCGUUUGGGAAAGACAGUCAAGGGUACCAUGGUUGUGUCGGGGGUGGCUUCACUGCGGAGCACGGCGGAGGGUUCAAGCUGGGCCAGGUCUAUGUUCAAACAAGUCUUCCUGAUAGUUCUACCUCGAAGGUCGAGCUGUCUGACCAGGCGCUGCGGCGCAUUCCUACCAUUUUGACUCUUCUUGUCGUCGCAUCCACCCAGUGCUCCAAAACGGAGCAGGAACUGGUCGCUCUGCUUCAGGUGCUUCGGCAAUCUGGAAUAGAUCCUUCUGUAUUAUCGGAGAUGUCGAUUUUGCAGUUCGAUCCUUCCGACUCAUCUGACCACCUCUCCGGUGGGAGCCGGUGGCCUGUUUCUCGUGUUGCCUCUGCGGACCUUCUUACUGGGUACCCCGUCCGGCCAGGAUAUAGCUCCAGCCAAUUCAUGCGCCGCCUUGGUGACUCUCGCGCUCGAUAUGUGAUUGUCAGGCCGGACAACAUUGUUUUUGCCAUGAGCAGAGACCUAGGUGGCCUGAAGAGUAGCUUGGACGCGCUGGCAAGGAGUCUUUGUUAG